GCAGUAACCAAAAUAUAUAAAUUAUAAACAGAUCAAUAUCUUCAAGUGAAAAUGGCUACUGCAGACUGGAAUCCGCUUGGAGAAGUCUAUUAUAGAAAAUGUGAAAUGUAUGUGAUGGAUUGGAGUGGUCUGGUGGAUCUGACAAAACACACAGUGGCUGCUUCAACAUAUGGGGGUCCUAUAGCACUACUGAAGGAUGACAGUAAAACUAGCAGAGUUGUGACGUCAGUCAAGCCUGUCAUCUCUGUAUACACAGCCUCAGGGAAAAUACUGAGUCAGCUCAGGUGGAACAGUGGCAACAUCGUGGCCAUGGGAUGGUCCAGCACGGAUGACCUGCUCUGUGUCCAGGAGGAUGGGGUCGUCCUGGUCUACGACAUGUUCCUUGUCUUCAAGCGCACUUUCAGCAUGGGUCAGGAAGCAAAAGAUGUUAAAAUCUUAUUUGCUAAAAUUUUCCCAACAUUCCAAGGCACUGGUAUAGCUGUGAUGACUACGUCCUUCAGAAUUUUCAUGAUCAGUAGCAUUGACAACCCAAGGAUAGUACGUCUUGCUGAGGUACCUGGACUUAACGAGGCCCCCACCUGUUGGACCAUGGUUGUAGCUGACCGUCUGGUGCGUGCGCUUGUGGCCAAGGGAGAAGAUCUGUUCCUGGUGGAUCAGGGGGGACAAUUCCAGCAACAGCAACCAGAGCUGGGUGAAAAUGCUGGAGCCAUCACAGAGAUGGCCUUGUCUUUCAACCACAAGUAUCUGGCCUUGUUCACACAGAGAGGCUACAUCUGGAUAGGAACAGCAGACCUACAGAAAAAAUUUUGUGAGUUUUACACCAAAUCUGAACUUCAGCCUCAGCAGCUUGUCUGGUGUGGUAUUGGCGCUGUUGUUGGACUGUGGGACACAUUGAUGCUGGUAGUUGGACCAGAUAAAGACUGGAUAAGAUACAAGAUGGACACAGCAGUUCAUCUACUGCAGGAAGAAGAUGGAUUGCGCAUUAUUGGGAAUGAAACUCAUGAAUUUUUGCAAAAAAUUCCAACUGUUACGGAGCAGAUUUUCAAGAUUGGCUCAAUGGAGCCAGGAGCCAUGCUGUAUGAAGCUAACAAAGAGUUUCAGCGCCGCAGCCAAAAGGCAGAUGAGUACAUCAGGAUGAUCAAAGACAAACUGGACGUGGCGGUCAACCAGUGCAUCGCUGCUGCCGGACAUGAGGUCGAGUCAUCCAAGCAGAAACUGCUGCUGCGGGCUGCCUGCUUUGGGAAAUGUUUCCUGACUGACUACAGGCCGGAGUCUUUUGUCAACAUGUGCAAGAUGCUGAGGGUUCUAAACCAAGUCAGGCAUCAUUCAGUGGGCAUACCCCUGACAUACACCCAACUGGAACACCUGUCACUGCCAGUCUUGAUUGACAGACUCGUGUUGCGCAAACACUUUGGUCUGGCUGUCAGGAUGUGUCAGUACCUGAAGAUACCUGACGCGGAGGGGAGGAGCCGGAUCCUGGCCCACUGGGCUUGUUUCAAGGUCCAGCAGAAACACGUGGAUGAAGAAAACCUGGCCAGAGCCAUAUCCCAGAAACUUGUUGACGUGCCAGGUGUUUCCUUCUCAGAGAUUGCCAGUCAGGCUCUCAAAAAUGGCAGGAAGCAGCUGGCUGUUAGGUUACUGGACUACGAGUCCAGGGCGUCGGAGCAGGUGCCAUUGUUGCUGGAGAUGAAUCAGGACCAGGCGGCACUGACCAAAGCCAUCGACAGCGGGGACACAGAUCUUGUCUACUUGGCUUUACUUCGCAUCAAGGACAAGAUGUCUAAUGCAGGAGAUUUCUUCAUGUUGAUCAGAACCAUGCCAAUUGCCUGCUCUCUCUAUAUUCAGUAUUGCCGCCAACAAAACCUGAAGCAAGUAGAAGACUUGUAUUACCAAGAGGACAAUUCUUUGGACGAGGGCAACUGCAAGGUCAUCAGGAGCUAUCAUUUAGAGCAUGUGGAAGAGAGAGCCAAGCUGCUGGAAGAUGCAACCAACUGUUUCUACAGGUGUAAAAAUGACUUCGCUGCUAAGCAAACAGAGGACCAGAUCAAGCUCCUGCGCCUACAGAGAAAGAUUGAGGACGAGACAGGUCACUCGUAUGCUGACCUCUCCCUACAACAGACCAUCCACAAUUUAAUCCUCAAUGGCAACGCUCAGUAUGUGGAUAAGCUACGCAAAGAAUUCAAAGUCCCAGACAGAAGGUUCUGGAUAUUGAAAAUGAAUGCUCUGGCAGAAAUUAAUGAUUGGGUGGAGAUUGACAAAAUGUCUCGGACUAAAAAAGCUCCUGUUAGCAUGGAGAUGUUUGUGCAAGUUUGUAUGAAGAAAGGAAACAGAACUGAAGCGGAGAAAUAUUUGAGCCGGGUUCCUCCUGAGUUGAAGGUCAAGUGUCUCAUACUAGUUGGGUAUUACAAGAAGGCCGCUGAGGUGGCCAUUGAGAACAAGAGCGAGGACGACUUUGAUUACGUCAUCUCAAGACUCGGCUCCGCAGACAGACAGGUGGCGGAGCAGGUCCGAUCUAUGAGGGGUCAACUGGGUGCCAGGAAAUGAGGGGUCAACUGGGUGCCAGGAAAUGAGGGGUCAACUGGGUGCUAGGGAAUGAGGGGUCAACUGGGUGCCAGGAAAUUAGGGGUCAACUGGGUGCUAGGCAAUGAGAGGUCAACUGGGUGCCAGGGAAUGAGAGGUCAACUGGGUGCCAGGAAAUGAGAGGUCAACUGGGUGCCAGGAAAUGAGGGUCAACUGGGUGCUAGGCAAUGAGAGGUCAACUGGGUCCUAGGGAAUGAGAGGUCAACUGGGUGCCAGGGAAUGAGAGGUCAACUGGGUCCUAGGGAAUGAGAGGUCAACUGGGUGCGAGGGAAUGAGGGGUCAACUGGGUGCUAGGGAAUAAACCGUUCAUUGAAGUUUUUAAACCUAACCCAAAUCUGUUACUUGACCUGAUGAGACAUGUGGUAUAGCUGUGGUUUCACACAGUCACCAACACACACACACACACACAUGUGGUAUAGCUGUGGUUUCACACAGUCACCAACACACACACACACACACAUGUGGUAUAUCUGUAGUCUCACACAGUCACCAACACACACACACACACACAUGACAAAUGUUAAUAAAUGUUGUGGCUGUCACAUGUGACAAAAAAAAUGGUUGCACAUUUGUGCGUAACGGGAUCAAAACUUGCUGCAAUCCGUGGCUUCACUGUUGGGCUGUGGGGUCUGGUUGUAGCUGUGGGGAGGGGGUUGGGUGGGGUUGUAACCAGGCUUAUAAUGUUUAGCCAGCCAUUUGUGUUGACUGAUACAUAUGUCUGGACUGGACAUUUCCUCAUGGACAUUUCUUUAUGGACAUCUCAUAGCUAAAUUUGAUGUAUGUAUAAAAUGUGAUAAACACUUAUUUGAUGAAUUGUUUUUGCUGUAAGUAAAUGCUUUGAAAUGUGCUUGAAUUCUGUCCGAUUUGUACUGUCCAUUGCUUGUGUACUAUUUGUACUGUCCAUUGCUUGUGUACUAUUGUUAUUGGAGCAUUGGCCUGGGUCAAUGUCCCUUGUCUUUCUAUUUCCGCCCUCGAUCACACAUUUCAAAUUGCCAAUCUAGAGGUGUAUGUAUAGCUGACAAUUCACACGUUUAUAUUAAAUUUUGUUGUCAUAUUUGUGACAGAUGUAAUAUGUUGAUGAGGACGAUGAAGA